GACGACGAGGUUGUCCUGCAGUGUUCUGCCACAGUCCACAAGGAGCAGCAGAAGCUGUGUCUGGCAGCGGAGGGCUUCGGAAACAGACUCUGCUUCCUCGAGUCAACAUCCAACUCUAAGAAUGUCCCUCCAGACCUGUCCAUCUGUACGUUUGUCCUGGAGCAGUCCCUCUCCGUCAGGGCCCUGCAGGAGAUGCUGGCCAACACAGAGGAGAAGGCAGAAGGGACGGCCCAGGGAGGGGGCCACCGCACCUUACUGUACGGACACGCUGUUCUGCUACGACACUCCUACAGCGGCAUGUACCUCUGUUGCCUAGGUACCUCCCGAUCCUCAACCGACAAACUGGCAUUUGAUGUUGGACUGCAGGAAGACACAACAGGAGAAGCAUGUUGGUGGACCAUCCACCCUGCCUCCAAGCAGAGGUCAGAGGGAGAGAAGGUCCGAGUCGGGGAUGACCUCAUCCUAGUGAGCGUGUCAUCAGAACGGUACCUGCACCUGUCUUACGGUAACGACAGCCUGCACGUGGACGCAGCCUUCCAGCAGACCCUCUGGAGCGUGGCGACCGUCUGCUCGGGCAGCGAGGUGGCCCAAGGGUUCAUGAUCGGUGGGGACGUGCUGAGGCUGCUCCAUGGUCACAUGGAUGAAUGUCUGACAGUGCCGUCGGGAGAACAUGGGGAGGAGCAGCGCAGGACGGUGCACUACGAGGGGGGAGCUGUGUCCAUCCACGCCCGCUCGCUCUGGAGACUGGAGACCCUACGAGUGGCGUGGAGCGGCAGCCACACCCGCUGGGGUCAACCCUUCCGUCUCCGUCAUGUGACCACGGGGAAGUACCUCAGUAUCAUGGAGGAUAAGGGCCUGCUGCUGAUGGACAAGGAGAAGGCAGACGUCAAGUCUACUGCUUUCUGCUUCCGCCCCUCCAAGGAAAAGCUGGACUUGGGGCCAAAGAAGGAGGUGGACGGGAUGGGUGUUCCUGACAUCAAGUAUGGGGACUCCGUGUGUUAUGUCCAACAUGUGGACACCUGUCUGUGGCUCACCUACCAGGCCAUGGACGCUAAGUGUGCACGCAUGGGCGGCGUGCAGAGGAAGGCCAUCAUGCACCACGAGGGUCACAUGGACGAUGGGUUGACCCUGUCCCGCUCGCAACACGAGGAGUCCCGUACCGCACGGGUCAUACGCAGUACCGUCUUCCUGUUCAACCGAUUCAUCAGGGGUCUGGACACCCUCAGUAAAAAAGGAAAGACCUCGACACUCGACCUGCCGAUCGAGUCGGUCAGUUUGAGUCUGCAGGAUCUGAUUGGCUACUUCCAGCCUCCUGACGAGCACCUGGAGCACGAGGACAAACAGAACCGCCUCCGAGCCCUAAAGAACCGACAGAACCUCUUCCAGGAAGAGGGGAUGAUAAACCUGGUGUUGGAGUGUAUCGAUCGUCUCCACGUGUACAGCAGCGCGGCUCAUUUUGCUGAGGUGGCGGGGAGGGAGGGCGGGAGGCCUGGAGAUCCACGCUGA